ACACUUCCUGUAAAGAUGGCGGCGACCAGAGGACUGUGGAGGACGUGGUCCCUGUGGUCACCCAGGACCCCGCUCCUGUUCCCCGCCGCCGGCCGGCCGCACAGCUCCGGGCCCCGGACCUCGCUGUCCGGGCCGCCGUGGCCGCAGCAGUCGAGCCCGGUCCCGGAGGAGGAGGAGCGGGGCCGACAUGCCGCCGUGGUGAGCACCGUGAACCGGCUCAUCCAGCAGCAGGACUUCGGCCGCCUCUUCGCCGUGGUGCACUUCGCCGGGCGGCAGUGGAAGGUCACCGCGGAGGACCUGGUCCUCAUCGAGAACCACAUCGAGGCAGAGUGCGGCGAGCGGAUCCGGAUGGAGAAGGUGCUGCUGGUCGGGGCGGAGGACUUCACCCUGGCCGGAAGGCCGCUGCUGGGGAAGGAGCUGGUCCGGGUCGAGGCCACCGUCCUGGAGAAGACCGAGUCCUGGCCCAAAGUCCACAUGCGGUUCUGGAAGAGACACCGGUUCCAGCAGAAGAAGAUCGUCAUCCAGCCUCAGACGGUGCUGAGGAUCAACAGCAUCGAACUGGACCCCAGACUCUCAUGAUGAAGACUGGACCCGACUCAUGAUGAAGACUGGACUAGACCCUCAUGAUGAAGACUGGACUAAACCCUCAUGAUGAAGACUGGAACCCAGACCCUCAUGAUGAAGACUGGACCCGACUCAUGAUGAAGACUGGACUAGACCCUCAUGAUGAAGACUGGACUGUAUCUCACACACACACACACAGACACAUCAGGGUCGGUGAUGAUCUCCACAGUUUGUUUUUACAUCAGUGACAAACCAGGACUGAACAUGUUGGAUUAUCUCCUGUAAAUAAAUUAAUUCCUACAAAGAUGUGACUGAAAUACAUUGAA